AUGAAGGUCGCUGUGGUAGGAGCCGGCGUCUCGGGUCUGUCCUCGGUGUGGGCUCUCAACGAGUACUCCUCGCACGAAGUCCACCUCUUCGAACCCCUCCCCUGGAUCGGCGGCCACGCCAACACGGUGACCUUCACCUCUCCCACCGCUGCCUCCGCAUCCUCUGCGGAAAAGACACCGGUCGAUACGGGUUUCAUCGUCUUCAACCGCGUCACAUACCCCAACUUCCUUCGCUUCCUCCAACUCACCGGCGUGCCCAUCCUCGACAGCGACAUGUCGUUCUCCGUGACCCGUUUCAUCUCCUCCCUCGGCGGCUACGGUGCCUUUGAAUGGGCCGGUGGUAGUCCUGCCGCACUCUUCUGCCAGUCCUCCAACUUGUUCAACCCCUCGCACUGGCGCAUGGUGUGGGACAUCAUCCGGUUCAACCAGCAAUCCGUCGACUACCUCCGCCUGUGCAAAGCCAAUCCGGUCGAAGGCGCCGAAAUCAGCAUUGGUCAAUGGCUCGAUGAGCGAUCCUACAGCGAAGGAUUCCGUAAGAACUACCUCAUCCCUAUGACGGCGAGCAUCUGGUCCACAGCCCCCGAAACGGCCCUCUCCUCCUUUCCGGCAGUAACACUGCUUCGAUUCAUGCACAACCACCACCUGCUCCAGAUCCUCGACCGUCCACAGUGGUUGACGAUCAAGAACGGCUCGCGCGGCUACGUCGAUCGUAUCCUCUCAAAACUCCCCUCUGAACGUAUUCACCAGGGUAACGAGGCCGGCGAAGUGGUGGCGGCAUGGAUCGACGCUCGCAACGCCAAAUGGACGCUCAAAACCGCUGAUGGUACAAAACACACUGGAUGGGAUCGCGUCGUAUUCGCCUCGCACGCGGAUCAAACCCUGAAGAUGCUCGCCGCCGGCGAGGCGGAGGGUCUCACCGUCGGUCGAGAGGUUCUAGAGACGCUCUCUCGAUUCCACUUUAGCGAGAACGUGGCGGUUUUGCACGCGGAUACGCGCUUGAUGCCGGUGAGACGCGCCGCGUGGUCCGCGUGGAACUUCCUCGCCGAGACCGUCCCCGCGUCCACCGCCACCGGGGAAAGCAAUGGCAAGCAGGUAGCGAACAAGUCCGGGGACGACGUGGAUCGUGUCUCCCUGACGUACUGGAUGAACCUCCUCCAGUCUCUGCCGGAAGAAAAGUUCGGACCGGUUCUGGUGACGUUGAAUCCAACGAGCGAUCCCGAGUCGCCUUACACGCCUAGGCCGGAGCUCGUGCUCAAGCGCCAGGCGUAUACGCAUCCGUUGUAUACGCCAGAUUCCGUGUUGGCCCAGCAGCAGUUGCGCACGCUGCAGGGGACGAGGGGCGCGUACUUUGCGGGAGCCUGGACGAACUACGGGUUCCACGAGGAUGGGUUUGCGUCCGGUCUGCGGGCGGCCGAGGCGAUCGACGGCGUGUAUCUGCCAUCCGAGGUCAAGGACGCGGAGCGACACGUGCCGCUGGUCAAGCAGACGGCGUUCAGGGUGGUGGAGCGGCUGGAUGGCGUCGGACGCGGGAGACUGGUGGGUACGGUGGUAGGGAUGUGGUUGGUGGUGGCGGUGCACCUGUUGGCGGUGCUCGAGGUGGCGCUGGCGGUAGGAGGCGGGAAAAAGGAGUGGUGGGAGGGCGUGGGUAGGGUCAAAGGGUAUGUCGGCGAGUCGGCGAAGAGGCAACCCAGGAGGAUCAAGUCGACUUGA